GAAGAGUGACCAGAGACAAAACAAGAGAGUGGGAGAGAGAGAGAGAGAGAGAGAGAGAGAGAGGGAGAGGGUUGAAGGAGUAUGGUUGGAUGACAGCGAGAGGGUAAAGGCAGGGGUUGGUACAUCUAGUAACCUUAGACCCUUGGAUGAUGUACCAGUCAUAGAGGAUAACCCAGAAGACAAGGACACAGGGAAGAGAUAUGAAUGAGAAGGAACGCGUCAAUUGAGAAAUAACGGAGAAGCUCACAUACCGAGACGACACGAAGACAGAGGGGGGAAAAGACUAUUGUUCAAAGAGGUCAGAACGAGAGAAAGAGAGACAGAAAGAGAGCGAGUGAGACAGAGAGAGAGAGAGAGAGAGAGAGAGAGAGAGAGAGAGAGAGAGAGAGAGAGAGAGAGAACAGAGAACAGAGUGUGGACAUUGACUCCAUGGGGACUCCAUUCUCUACUGCGUCAGUAGAACAGAAGGAGUGAAAACCAACAGGCUGACACUGUCUGCUUCGCUCAACACGAUCCUCCAUACACUUCUCCUUUCACCCCUCCAGCCAUCCAUCUAUCUAUCCGUCAAACCAGUGAGGAAGAGGAGGAGAGAUGAAGAGACCUUAUGAUGACUAUAGCUCUCCAGACUCUGAUGACAUGGACAAGCUGAUCGAUGUGGGACAGGAAGACGGCUUCUGUCCAGUCACUGGGUCCAUGUCCCCAGUUAGCACCUCCCAGAUUCUGGCCCGGAAGAAGAGAAGAGGGAUCAUAGAGAAGAGACGCAGAGACAGGAUCAACCACAGUCUGUCAGAGCUUAGAAGACUGGUGCCAAGUGCUUUUGAGAAGCAGGGCUCGUCUAAGCUGGAGAAAGCAGAGAUUCUGCAGAUGACGGUGGACCACCUUAAGCUGCUGCAUGCCAUGGGGGGCAAAGGGUACCUUGAUGCGCAGGUCCUGGCUGUGGACUAUAGGACCCUGGGAUUCAGACAGUGUGUAGGAGAGGUGGUUCGGUACCUGGGCUCUUUAGAAGGAGGGGUGGACUCCCCGGACCCUAUCGGAGCCCGCCUGGUCUCCCACCUCUCCCACUGCGCCAGCCAGCUGGACCCUCUUCUCCUUCAGUCGCCCCCCACUUCCUCCGUCCUCCCUUUUCCUCCCUGGCCGUGGAUCUCCUCCUAUCACCAGAUGUCACCUGUCUCGUCUCCCCACUCUCCAUCUUUCUCCGCGGGGCGGAGGGAGCUGGCACGCCUGGGGGGUGGGUGUUAUCCAUCCCGCUCAGCCGACACCCUGCGUCUCGCCCCCCUGGGAGGCCAACAGGGGUCUCUACUCGCCCCUGCCCAUGUGCCCUCUCUCCCCUCUCCUUCCUCCCCUACCCUCACCCCCUCCCCCACUCACAGACUCACUCAGCAGUCCCCCGGAGCCUCACCCCUCCUCACCACCCCCUCCUCUUCUUCUUCUUCCUCCUCCUCCUCUUCCUCUGCUCCUCCGCGAGUCUCCUUCAGACCUUUUGCCCCUAUGGGGUCUCCCGCAGGUCAGCGCAGGGGUAUGGGUGGCUCUGCCAAGGCUCCAAAGACCUGGGGGACUGAGAUAGGAGCCUUCUGAUCCAGAACCUGUCAACAUGGCGUACAAUGUAGAGGUUGCCCAACUAAACCUACCUUUUAACCAUCAGAUCUAGGAUCAGAUGACCUUACCCCUAAAUAUACCCUUAACCACAGAUUUAGGAUCAGAUUACCUUACCCCUUAACCACACUUAACCACAGAUCUAGGAUCAGAUUACCUUACCCCUAAACCUACCUUUAAACCAUCAGAUCUAGGAUCAGAUUACCUUACCCCUAAACCUGCCUUUUAACUAUUAAAGGGAUGAAAUCAUAUCUGACCCUAGAACAGCGGUUGGGGACAACUACUACCUCCUCUGUCUCUCUCCCUCGCUGAUGCCAUUUCUCAAUGACAGAGACUCUAAAGCCAUACGACAUGACAGAGAGACAGACAGAGAGGAAACAGCAUGGACUGACAGAGAGACAGACAGAGAGACAGACAGAGAGACAGCAGGGACUGACAGAGAGACAUACUGGGAGGAAACAGCAGGGACUGACAGAGAGACAGACAGAGAGACAGCAGGGACUGACAGAGAGACAUACUGGGAGGAAACAGCAGGGACUGACAGAGAGACAGACAGAGAGACAGACAGAGAGACAGCAGGGACUGACAGAGAGACAGACAGAGAGACAGCAGGGACUGACAGAGAGACAUACUGGGAGACAGCAGGGACUGACAGAGAGACAGACUGGGAGGAAACAACAGGGACUGACAGAGACACAGACAGAGAGACAGCAGGGACUGACAGAGAGACAGACAGAGAGACAGCAGGGACUGACAGAGAGACAUACUGGGAGGAAACAACAGGGACUGACAGAGAGACAGACUGGGAGGAAACAGCAGGGACUGACAGAGAGACAGACAGAGAGACAGCAGGGACUGACAGAGAGACAGACUGGGAGGAAACAGCAGGGACUGACAGAGAGACAGACAGAGAGACAGCAGGGACUGACAGAGACACAGACUGGGAGGAAACAGCAGGGACUGACAGAGAGACAGACUGGGAGGAAACAGCAGGGACUGACAGAGAGACAGACUGGGAGGAAACAACAGGGACUGACAGAGACACAGACAGAGAGACAGCAGGGACUGACAGAGAGACAGACAGAGAUACAGCAGGGACUGACAGAGAGACAUACUGGGAGGAAACAACAGGGACUGACAGAGAGACAGACUGGGAGGAAACAGCAGGGACUGACAGAGAGACAGAGAGACAGCAGGGACUGACAGAGAGACAGACUGGGAGGAAACAGCAGGGACUGACAGAGAGACAGACAGAGAGACAGCAGGGACUGACAGAGACACAGACUGGGAGGAAACAGCAGGGACUGACAGAGAGACAGACUGGGAGGAAACAGCAGGGACUGACAGAGAGACAGACUGGGAGGAAACAACAGGGACUGACAGAGAGACAGACAGAGAGACAGCAGGGACUGACAGAGAGACAGACUGGGAGGAAACAGUAGGGACUGACAGAGAGACAGACUGGGAGGAAACAACAGGGACUGACAGAGAGACAGACUGGGAGGAAACAACAGGGACUGACAGAGAGACAGACUGGGAGGAAACAACAGGGACUGACAGAGAGACAAGUUGGACAGAUGAAGAAAGCCGGGAUGGAAGACCGAGUCAUCAGAGAGAACAGAAUCACUAAAGACUCCCAGAGCGGGACUCACACAGGCUGCCUGACGGUCCUACUUGUACAGAAAGCUCUGAAUCUCAGUUUGUCUGUGGAUCUUCAUAGCAAUACCAUGUUGUUCUCCACUAGAAGCGACCCAAUAGGUUGUCUAUGAACGAACGAAUGCAAGGGACUAUAUAAAAAAACACUACAGAACCACAUAUAUACAGGAGUUCCACAAUCCCAGAAAUCCUGGUUGGAGGAUCACACAUUUUGGGCUUAUUCAUUUCUGAUUCCAGGAAUGUUACAGCCGUGAUUUUUCUUUUGGAAAACCUGUGAAUUUGGGGAAAGUUACCAGCAUUUUUGCAACCCUAUAUAUAGAUAUAGAGGGAGACACAGCUCUUCUCAAACUGUCCCUAUAUAUAGAUAUAGAGGGAGACACAGCUCUUCUCAAACUGUCCCUAUAUAUAGAUAUAGAGGGAGACACAGCUCUUCUCAAACUGUCCCUAUAUAUAGAUAUAGAGGGAGACACAGCUCUUCUCAAACUGUCCCUAUAUAUAGAUAUAGAGGGAGACACAGCUCUUCUCAAACUGUCCCUGUGAAACUGUGAUGUGAUGUUUUAUCUUUUAUCUUUUAAAUCGAUUCUGUUUUUAUUAACAUUGGAAUGUCUGAUAAAAAUGGUAUGGAAAGGAA